CAUGAGAAUAACAUAUCAUUUCUUUCGGCUUAGCAAAAUAGAUAUUUCCAAUCAAAUUGAACAAAACAAAAGGUCAAAAAUUCAUAAUUUUAGAAGCUCCAAUAUUAAUUGUCGCCCUCUCCCGUCCCGUAUAUAUAUAUAGGGGAAAAGUUGGUGAGAAGGACAGGACCGAAAAGAGGGUGGGGUGGUGGAUGGACCGAUAGAAAUAAGUCUGCGCUAGCUAGCUUCCGGCCCUGGAUCAUCUAGCCUAGACUACAAGCGAUGAAGAGAGAAGACAGUAAUAAUACUGCCGACAUGCUUAUAAGUUGCAGCAGCAGCAGCAAUCAGGAACCGCCAAAGACGAACAACAACAACAACAACGCCAACGAUAUCAUCAUGCUGUCCUCCUCCUGUAACACUACUACUAGUACGUACCAAGACCGUCUCAAACAAGCAAGCUCCGAAGAAAAGGAGAAGCAGCUCCGCAGAAGCGACGUUGACGAUGGCAACGAGGUGGAGAGAACCAAACUGAGCCUGUUGAGAUACCUGGCCGAACGCCAGGAUCCAUCUUCCAAGGAAGUGGACGAUGCGACGCUGAGAAGGUUUCUGCGAGCGAGGGAUUUGGAUGUGGAGAAAGCAGCGGCCAUGUUUGUCAAGUACCUCAAGUGGAGGGCUGCGUUUGUGCCCAAAGGCUACAUCUCCACCUCAGAGAUCGGCAACGAGAUGGAGCAGAACAAGAUGUUCCUCCAAGGGACUGACCGCCAAGGCCGCCCCGUCGCCCUCGUUUUCGGAGCUCGCCAUUUCCAGAACAAGAUCGGCGGCCUCGACGAGUUCAAGCGUUAUAUAGUUUAUGCUUUCGACAAACUCUUCGCCAGGAUGGGUGGAGGACAGGAGAAAUUUGUGGUGAUCGGAGAUCUUGAAGGUUGGGGGUAUGCAAACUCUGACAUUCGUGGAUAUCUCGCCGCUUUGAACAUUCUGCAGGAUUACUAUCCGGAAAGGCUGGGGAAGUUGUUCAUAGUACACGUCCCGUACGUUUUCAUGGCAGUUUGGAAAGUUGUCUGUCCUUUCAUCGACACCAACACCCGCAAGAAGAUUGUAUUUGUGGAGAACAAGAAUCUGAAAUCCACACUUCUUGAGGACAUCGACGAGAGCCAGAUCCCAGAUAUCUACGGCGGCAAAAUGCCUCUAGUUCCCAUCCAUGAGACCUGAAAUUACAGCAACCUUCAUUCUCAGGUCUUCGACCUCGUGCAUCUUAGUUAUUACAGUUACUUUCCCGUUGUCUAAAUAUGUAUCCCAGUUCUGAUAAUAAAGUUGCAGUACCAAACAAAUCAAACAUUGUAGCUGGUAAAUGCGGAGCCACCCUGCAAAUCUUGAACAAUGUUGAUAUUGUUGUCUAUUCCCCUUCAAUGCUUCUUCUGGUUUUCCUUCCCCUUCUGGAACAAUAGCAUUCAUUCCAUGCACUCAUGCUUGCUUGCCGACUUCAAUGAGAUUUACAAACUGCAAACGUUCUUCAAGUGGACAACAAUGUUUGCACCAGAGUGAUCACCAAAACCAGAAUGGUUCAAGUAAGAUUAAGUUAGCUCAACCUCCUUGCGGAGCCACCUUGCAAAUCUUGAA